GGGAUGGGGAGGGAGAGAACGCGCACAGGGGGAGUCAGCAAUGAGACGGCUGAUACACACACAAACGGUCUGAAGGGGAGAGAGUCGGGACUGCAUCAUAAUGCUUAUUCAAUCGUAAACGCGCGGAUAUUUUUGCAGAAUAGAUUAAUUAUCGCUGGACGUGUUCAUGUUCGGGUAAUGUUGUUGGUGUAAAAGAUAAACCGUAUAUAUAUUUCAGAUGAGAUAAUUCAAUUUAUCGCUGCCUUCGGGCACCGUGUCAGUUGCACCAAAAGUGGUGGACUUACGCCGGACGACGCCUUCGGAGCAUCUGGUGUUAAUUUUGUCCAACAAAAGCAAGACAUCAGCGAACACUAUGGACACGGAGCAAGAAAAGAACAAACGCCAAAUGCAGGAGCUGAUGGGGAGACCCGGAAACUCGUCCUGCGUGGACUGCGGUGCUGCAGACCCUGACUGGGCGUCCUUCACGCUGGGUGUGUUCAUGUGCCAACGCUGCUCCGGAAUCCACCGGAACAUCCCCCAGAUCAGCCGCAUCAAGUCCGUGAUGCUGGACGCCUGGCUGACCGCGGAGGUGGAGUUCAUUGCCUCUACUGGAAACAACGCUGCCAAGGACAAGUACGAACAGAAGAUCCCGCCUUUUUAUUACCGGCCCACACACACAGACUGCCAGCUGCUGCGGGAACAGUGGAUCCGAGCCAGGUACGAGAGGAAGGAGUUUGUGCACGUGGAGAAACAGGAACCAUAUUCUGCAGGAUACAGAGAGGGGUUUCUAUGGAAACGAGGGAGGGACAACGGACAGUUCUUGAGCCGAAAAUUCAUCCUAUCAGAGAGGGAGGGCGCUCUGAAGUACUUCAACAAAAACGACGCCAGGGAGCCGAAGGCGAUUAUGAAGAUCCACACCAUAAACGCCACCUUCCAGCCGGCCAAGAUCGGCCACCCCCACGGCCUGCAGAUCACCUACCUGAAGGACAACAGCACCAGGAACAUCUUCGUCUACCACGAGGAUGGGAAGGAAAUGGUGGACUGGUUCAAUGGCAUCAGAGCAGCCCGGUUCCAUUACUUACAGGUGGCUUUCCCCGGAGCCAGCGAUCCAGACUUGGUGCCAAAACUAACAAGGAAUUACAUCAAAGAAGGCUACAUGGAGAAGACUGGCCCAAAGCAAACGGAAGGCUUCAAGAAGAGAUGGUUUACUUUGGAUGACAGGAGACUAAUGUACUUCAAAGACCCCAUGGAUGCCUACGCCAGAGGGGAGGUGUUUAUAGGGAGCAAGGAGAACAGCUACACCGUUCUGCCCGGCCUCCCCCCCUCCACCCAGGGCAACCACUGGAAGUUCGGCAUCACCAUAGUAACCCCCGACAGGAAGUUCCUGUUUGCCUGCGAGACGGAGGAGGAGCAGAGGGACUGGAUGGGGGUGUUCCAGAGGGUGGUGAACAGACCCAUGCUACCGCAGGAGUAUGCGGUGGAAGCCCACUUCAAGCACAAACCCUGAGAGAGGGCCGCGGCCCUGUAUGAGGCGGGCCAGGAGAAGCCAGGUGUUCUGCAUGACCUGAGCUGGACACACAGGGACCACACCUGGACUCAGGAGGACCGAGGACAGCGGACGUGAAUUCCCCCCCCUCCCCCACUCCUCACCACACCCCACCCCGCCGGCCUCGGAAUGAAGAAUCAACCUGCACUCGUGUCUUUCAAAGGAGGGCCGUAACUGCCCAAACCCCUGAAACAAGCAUCUGUUCCCCCCCCCCCCGCUGGUCCCCGGUAAACCCUGUCCUGCCAGAGUUUGUGCUAAUCUGCUUCUCUAAUGUACUGCUCUGGACCCCAACCUCCAUGUUAUUGAGAAGUAAUCUUUACAUGAAUGUCGUCUUAACUUAUUUGUACUACACUGUUGUGAUGAAAUAACGUAUUGAUAAAAAAAAAGAAGAAACAACAGAGGAAAGAAGUAAUAGGUAAUUCUGACUCUUAACAGGAACCACAGAAAAACACGGAACUGUUUAUUUCAGGUGUGUUGACAUCAGAUGAAAGGCUGCUUGGACAUAGAUACUGUAACUUGAAUUAAUCAAUGGGCAUACUUUUCUGUAAUGUGACAUGAUAAAUAUUUUAUGUCCCUGUGCAGUUUUUUUUUUUUUAAUGUUCAGGAAUAUUACAGAGUGAGCUACGACAAAAAAUCAAUUUUGUUUUUGAUUGAGAAGUUCAUACAUUUAAUGCAUAAAACUAUAACUCUGAAGUGUUACGUUCUACAAGCUCAGAGGAGUUAUUCUCACAUCAUUCCUCUGCAUAGUACAAGUGUUCAUUGGGACUUCACUUCAACGGAUCCCUUGGCAUUUGUAGGUGUAGGUGUAGCUUUGAUGUGGUAGCAGUUGUAUUUAUUGCAACAAGAAGUUGCAAUAGUCUAAUUUCUUAAGGGAAGUAAAGUCACUUUUUUCUCUCUCUGCUGUCUCUCUCUCUCGCUCUCUCUCACACACACUCCCUCUCCCUCCCUCCCUCUCUCUCUCUGUCUCUCACACACACACGCUCUCUGUCUCUCUCUCUCUCUCUCUCACACACACACACACACACACUCUCACUCUCUCUCUCAUACACACAUUAUCCCAUGGCUCUACACCCCAUUCUAAAGACUUGUUUUCAUAUUUCCAAUGUGUUGAUCGCCCACGGUCAUGGUGCCUGCAGAUUUAUUAUUCUCUAAUCUCUCAGAGGAUCUGCUGUAAGUGACAAGAAGACCACAGCUGAGUGUCGCUGCUCCUGGUCUGUUACCACGGUGAGGGAACCACAGUCAUGUAUGUGUUUCAACCACAGAGCUUGUGAAGUGAGAGAAAACUGAACAGCCAUUUUAUGAUCUGUUCUCUCUGUUGUUUGUUUAUUUAUUUAUUUAUUGACACCUGUAAGAUACUUUGGUUCUGCAUUUUUUUUUAUAGAAAUGAAAAUGAGCAAAAUGUGUGUUCUAGACAGCAGGUGGCGCUGAAGGAGAGGGAAGUGUGCUUGCUACAAAUAAAAAACUAAAACAAA